UAAGCGGGGUGGUUAGUCCGCAUUCAGCCGCGCUCGCGAACGCGUCGUCUCUGAGCUCCGCAUUCCGACGAACGAUUCGAGUUGUGAUAAAACGUUUGUUUGUGUGCAGUUGGAUUUAGAUAAUUGACUUUGGUGUAAAUUAGUGAACAUAUUUUCGAGCCAUGCUUGUAAAUGCAUGUGUUGCUAAAAACUCGAUACAAGGAUUUCAGCGACGAAGAAAAACAUAGCAUCUUCAAAAUUUGUCUUAAAUGAUUGUGAUGUGUUUCAAUUUAAAUCAAUGAAAUCUGAAGAAUAAAGAAACUCUGAAAGACCGGAAUAUGGUCACACCAUCAAAUAGCUCUUCGUGACGCAAACGAGGUGCUUUAGUUUGACCGCAAGAUCAGGAAAACCAAAGAAUAUGUGUGCCAAAAUGUACCUGUUUAGUUAUACGUUAUUUGUCAUAUUAUGGAUUGGGGUGUUUGCAGAGGAGGAAGUGUCUUCACCACUACGAGUCGCCCAAUGUAGAGCGACUUGCUUACAAAAGUUCGCGCCGCCGCGGCCCAGCGGGGACCCCUCGUGCCUGCAAGGUCCCGACUGCUUCAUGUGCUGGGAGAACUGUGAGCUUCUCCAAUCUAACUACCAAGUGUGGGGUGCAGUCUGCGAUGAAAGUGAUAUCUGCUUCCCAGGCUGUAAAGUGGCGUGUGAGUUCCACGCGGAGGCGGCUCGCGCGGCGCAGACGCAGCCCGUGAUCCACACGAAGGGCGAGGGUGUGAUGCGGGUGAGCGAGGGGCUGGCCCGCUGGCCGCCGCCGGCGCCGCGCGCCUCCACCCGCCCCGCCCCCUUCGUCUACGUCGUCAUGAGGAGAUCCGCCGAAGGACCGUGGAGGCAGAUCAUACAAACCCAGGCCUUGGCCACCAGAGUACCAUCCAACAAUGAGGGAGCAUUACUCCGUGUGCUUGUCGUCGAUCCCCAGGGUCUGGUCACCAUCUACAGCCCCGACGAGACAUGGGUGGCUCACGACACCAACAAUUCCAACCAUGACGCUCAUAAAUGGACCCUGAAAGAGGUAUCGCUUAUUCAUCAGAAAGUCUUGGUGAUUGGUGAAAUUGCCUGGGAACCGAGAAUAGCCCGUGGCGUGUACCUCGUCACUUGGGAGGUGGACGGAGGUGGACUCAAAGGAAAUCUUUUCACUGAUUCCACUCGAGUGACAUUAUCAUUAUGGCCAGAUACGAUUUAUCAUAUUCAAGUUGAACUGGUGUCUCGAACACCAGGAGUUGACAAUGAAAAGUCUGAAACGAUGACGAUAGACACCAGUCGAGCUCAGAGAGUGUCCACCGAAAGUGUCCAAGACGUGGGAGUGCGGGAAGGAGACCGCCUCAUGUCAGUUCUAGUGAGCUCCAUAAACAGAGACCGGCGCGAAGACGUCCCUAGCUCAGAACUAGUAUUAGGAAUUGUGGCAGCUAUCAUUUGUUUCGUAAGUGCUAUAACGUUUGCCGUGAUAUUGAGGAUGAAGUGGCGGGACACUUUCCCCGGAACAAACUUGUACGUGGGUUCGUCGUCAGUUUUAAAGCGAAAGCUAGUUGAGGACUUCACCCCGCACCACUUCCAGCCGGUGCUGGCGCCCGAGGUCCCGGCCAGCGAAGCCACGUCUCGUGACGUCAUAGUUUGACGCCACAGCUUUGACAUGCUGUCUGUUGACGACCGCAUCUUCAGUUCCUAAAUGAUUACAAAAGACCCUUAAAGAAAUUCGUGACAGUGGUUUUCUAUAAGUGAGCGAAAUAAUGUUCGUAUGUGAUACUGUUUGUAAUAAAACUUGGAGGAUUGAAUUGAAAAUUUCAAAACGUGCGAGAAAGUUUGACAUUUAGUGAUUUCGUCGCGAGUGACGGAGAAGUUUUAGUAAUUCAUAAAUGUAAAUGCUACUGUAAUUUAAUAAAAGUUGUGGAAGUUGUUGUACGUAGAUAUAGGUUAAUGUAAUGUAAAUUAAAUAAAGUAUAAAAUUGUAUUUAUGAACACAGUAAGGUUAACACCAGAUAAACUAGUAGUGUAAAUACGUUAAGAAAAGAAUAGUGAAUAUAACUUUGUAUUAAGUAAAAAUACCUAUUUCUUGAAACAUGUAAAUAAGUGAUUGUUUAAUAUUCCUGUAUGUAUUUCUUAAACAUAAAUUAAUUAUGUUUUGAACUUAAUACUUUGUCACGGAAACUAUGUUGAUAGAUACAUUAUCAUAAAAUAAAUGUAGAGUUAUUUUUACAACUAGUCCCUACUAUCGUUUAGCUUAUGAAUAGUUGUUAGGUUCUACCUACUUGACUGUAAUAUCUUGUAUUUAUAGUUUUCGUGAAACCUUACUCCUUAGUAACUAUAAAAAUAUAUCUUCAUCUCCAGCAAUAACAUACGAAUGUAUUUGUAAAUAUAUGAAGCAAAUUACUGUAAAAAGCAGAGAUAUUAUAUUAUAUUUUUUCUCGUCGAAAAAAAUAAUCUAGAUGUUGAUUGUCUAAGAAAAGUUAAUAUUUUAUUCAGACGCUUAUACGAUGGAACAUAACAAGUACGUAUUAUAAUUAUUAUUAAUAUACGAUUUUAACUUCUUAUUGUUGAUGUUAGCCUUACACAGCGUACUUAAUAUUUACUAUUCUUUUAAUUUUGAUGAAGAUACAGACUUAGUUUCUUCUAGAACGUACCGGAGUUCUAUGGGUUUUCUAUGACCAAAAUAAAUAUAAUCUAAGAGCUUCAACUGAAUUAAUUUAUUUUUGUGAUUAUUUCUUACUUUAAUUUUGCAAAUGUAAAUAAAUUAGGUAAAUGACUUGCUGAACUUUAAACAAGUAUAAAAUAAAUACGUCUGCCAAAUCAUUGC